AUGGACGUCGCCAAUGUCCUCCAGACUCCCCCCGUCUUCUUCCGUCUCUUCGUCAACCUCGCCCUCGCCCUCUUCUCCUCCGCCGUCAGCUUCCACUCUCCAGGCAGCGCCCUCCGCGACCGCCAGUACCGCCUCUGGGAGGACGCCUUCGCCGCUGCACAUGGCAAGCUGAGUCUCGGCGAGGACGACUCCGAGGACGCACUCGCAAAACGCGCGUUCGGCAACCAGUGGCGCGCCAGCAUUCCAUUGUGGCCCGUCCUCGACACCAUUCCUCUCCACCACGACCUCCGGGUCGCCCAACGCGCCCAUAUGGUCCUUGCAUGGCUCGUCAGCUUCUACGUCCACUCCAUGCCGCCCCACGGAGACGAGUCCCCAGUGGUACCUAGGGCCCUGGCCGUUCCGCUGCACCAGAUAUCCCGACAUCUUGGCUUCGCUCCCGUGCUCACUUUCGCCGAUACCGUCCUCUGGAAUUGGGACCUCAUCAAUCCGGAGCAGCCCCUAUCCAUCGAAAAUAUGCGAAUUCUUAAUUUGUUCUCAGGCACAGAUGACGAAAGGCACUUUUAUCAGGCAUCAGCGAGGGCCGAAUUGCGCGGAGUCGAGAUCCUGCGUAUCAUCGAGGAUUACAACACCCUCCCAAAUACGACCGAAUUUACCUCCAUCUCAAACAUGGCCCGCGACCUCCAUCGCUUGAGCAGCAUCAUAGAUGACAUCAGUGAAACUAUCCAGUCCGUUCGUCCCCUUUGCGACCCACACGUGUUCUACUGGGAUAUCCGCCCAUGGUUUGAAGGCAGCGACGCGAAGGGGCCCUCCACACCCGGCUGGAUUUACGAAGGCGUCGAUGAAGCCGACCUCGACCUCAGUGGCCCCUCUGCUGGCCAGAGCAGUGUCAUGCAUGCGCUCGACAUUUUCCUCGACGUCGACCACAAGCUUAGCCAGCGCCGCUAUCCUGCCCCUUCACCGGAGAACAAACGCGCCGAUCUAGGUUUCAUGGAGAGAAUGAGACGAUAUAUGCCUGGCAAGCAUCAGGAAUAUCUGCGACAUGUGUCCGGCGCUCCUCGUUCGAUCCGCGACGUCGCCCAAUCCACUCCUGCCCUCCGCGACGCUUACGACAGCGCGGUCAUGGCCUUGAAACGCCUCCGGGACAGCCAUAUCCGGAUCGCCUGCCUCUACGUCGUCACAAUGUCCCGCACGACGCCCGGUGCCCGUGGUGGGUGCCCCGCGUCCGCCAUGAUUGACCGCCUCCAUGCAGCACGACUCGCAGGCAAAGGGCCCGUUCGUGGAACAGGGGGAAACGAGCUUUCGAUAUUACUCAAGGCGGGCCGCGACGCGACCAGACGGGCAAUCCUCAAGCCAAAUUGA